GGGGGGGUGCGAGCAGGAGAGAGAGCGAGAGUCGAGAGCAUCGCGAGCAGGAGAGGGCAGCGCAGCGCGUGAAGCUGCCAAGGAGAGCGUGGGGCGCUGAGAGAGCGUGGGGCGCUGAGAGAGCGUGGGCGCUGAGAGAGAGCGUGGGUAGAGAGAGCGUGGGGCGCUGAGAGAGAGCGUGGGUAGAGAGAGCGUGGGGCGCUGAGAGGGAGAGCGUGGGCGCUGAGAGAGAGCGUGGGUAGAGAGAGCGUGGGGCGCUGACAGAGAGAGCGUGGGCGCUGAGAGAGAGCGUGGGUAGAGAGAGCGUGGGGCGCUGAGAGAGAGCGUGGGUAGAGAGAGCGUGGGGCGCUGAGAGGGAGAGCGUGGGCGCUGAGAGAGAGCGUGGGUAGAGAGAGCGUGGGGCGCUGACAGAGAGAGCGUGGGCGCUGAGAGAGAGCGUGGGUAGAGAGAGCGUGGGGCGCUGAGAGGGAGAGCGUGGGUAGAGAGAGAGCGUGGGUAGAGAGAGAGCGUGGGGCGCUGAGAGCGAGCGUGGGUACAGAGAGAGGACCUCUGUGCGAGAUUAUCUCUCGCUCUCAUCCCGGCAUCGAACCCAGCCCCUCCUCCUCCGUGACCCGAACUCCGCGUUCCGCAGUCGACUUGGGGCGCAACAACGUCGCUACGAGGGAGGGAGAGAACGAGAUAAGAGAGAGAGAGAUAUAAAGGAGAGACGAGGAGAGGAACAAGAUUAGAGUGAGGAGGGAGAGAGAUAUUCGAGAGAGAGAGGAGUGGUGGGUGAGAGAGGCGAGCGAGCGAGAGGGAGGGAGGAUCGAGGGCAGAGGUGGAGAGGAUUGAGAGGGAGAAGAGAGAGGGAGAGCGCACACACGGGGGGCUAGAGCUGCGGAGAGAGAAGGGAGAGAGAAGCCAGUGGCAGAGGGUGGCGAUGCCGCUUCGCACAGAGGGCGGAGGCCCCGAGAAGAAGCAGACGCCGGACAUCAAGGGACUCUUCCUCUUCAGAGACGUCCUGGGGACGGGCGCGUUCUCCGAGGUGGUGCUGGCGGAGGAGCGCUCCACCGGGAGGCACGUGGCCAUCAAGUGCAUCGCCAAGACGGCGCUCCGCGGCAAGGACAACACCGUGGAGAACGAGGUGUCCGUCCUCUCCAGGAUCAAACAUGAGAACAUCAUCGCGCUCGAGGACAUCUACGAGACCGACUCGCACCUCUACCUCAUCAUGCAGCUGGUGUCGGGCGGGGAGCUGUUUGACCGCAUCGUGGAGCGCGGCUUCUACACGGAGCGCGACGCUAGCGCCCUCAUCCGCCAGGUGCUGCGCGCAGUCUCGCACCUGCACGGGCAGGGCGUGGUGCACCGCGACCUCAAGCCGGAGAACCUGCUGUACUACAACGCCGAGGACGACUCCAAGAUCAUGAUCAGCGACUUCGGCCUCUCCAAGGUGGAGGCUCCGGGCAGCGUGAUGUCCACGGCGUGCGGCACGCCGGGAUACGUGGCCCCCGAGGUUCUGGCUCAGAAGCCGUACACGCGCGCUGUGGACUGCUGGUCUAUCGGAGUGAUCUCCUAUAUCCUGUUGUGCGGGUACCCUCCGUUCUACGACGAGGUCGACUCGCGCCUCUUCGACCAAAUCCUAAAGGCCGAAUACGAGUUCGACUCCCCCUACUGGGACGACAUCUCCGACUCUGCCAAGGACUUCAUCCGCCACCUCAUGGAGAAGGACGUGGCUGAGCGAUUCACGUGCGAGCAGGCGCUGCAGCACCCGUGGAUCGCCGGGGACACGGCGCUCGACAAGAACAUCCACGAGUCUGUGAGCGCGCAGAUUCGCAAGAACUUCGCCAAGCGCAAGUGGAAGCGCGCGUUCAAUGCCACGGCCGUGGUGCGGCACAUGCAGAGGCUGCAUCUGGGCUCGAGUCAGGAGGGCCCCCCCCCUUCCCCCGUGCCCCCCCCAACUCCUCCCCCCUCCAGCAGCCCUGUGAAGGGAGGGGCCACGGGGGCACCUCACAGCACGGCCCCCGAUGCGUAUUAAGGGGGCCUGGGCCCUGACUUCCCCCCCCGUUCCCCGGCUCCACCACGACGCCAGGGUCAUUCGUGGACCUGCAAAUGAUCCCCUAAAAGAGGGGGUGGGGGGCUUCCAAGGGGGUCUCGGGGGGUAAUGAGGGGGUUAUCAUGGGGGUCUUAGGGGUCUCACGGGGUUUCUCAGUGACCCCCCCUCGUUGCAUGUUUACACUGCACGCACCUAUAUGUCACCUGUAUGUCAUCUGUCUGUUAGCUCGCGUUAGCUGUAUGUUAGCUGUAUGUCAGCUGUAUGUUACCCUGUGUUACUUUAUGGAUGUAGGAGGAUGUACAUGGAGUAUAAUGUAGAGUGACACGCGGAAUGGGAGUGUGUGUGUGUGCAUGUGUGUGCGUCGGUGUGGGUGUAGGUGGGGAGUGGUGGCAUGAUGAUUAGCGCAAAGCGCUACAAACACGCCAACCCAAAUUCGAUUCUUUCUCUCACGCACGGCCAACAUCAGUGGCGAUUAUCCAAACUGGUGGUGCUGGGUCUCACCCUAGGUCGACUCAGCCUUAAAUGAGUACCCGGUGAGGUGUAAAUAAAAAAAAAAUCAGCACUGGGGAGACAAAGGUGGCCAGGCGUGAUGGUCACCAUACCACCCCUCUCAUAGGUGCUUGCUAACAAAAUUUGCACCAACAGCCUGUGUAGGAUACAUGGAGGAUCUUUGUGUAUUUCUGUGUGUCUGCGUGUGAGUGUAUGCCUGAGUGCUGCCACGUUCGCACAACCACCGAGUAGCAGGCUGGUCCGUUUCGUGAACCAGCAAAUUUGGCAGAGCCUGAGUUCCCAGAGACGCCGGGGCCGUGUGGCUGCUCACACUGUCACUCGGGCAGCUGGAAUCCCGUGUCCAUAUCUGAGGCGGAGAAAACCCUGUUCCUACAUCGCUGCACCCGAGGUGAUUGAUCCAGAACUCACUGGAGGGAGGGGAUGGAUGGGCAGGGGCAGUGUAUUCAUAACCGGGCGGCUAUUGAAAUGCAGGGGUAUAAAACAUGAGCCGCUGCUGGAUGCACUGUUGGAACGGAUCUGCACGGCUCUCGGGUCUACUACACAGCGGUUGUGGGAGCGACGCAGGGAUGGUGUGAGUGCCGCGUGUCGCUGCGCACGCAUGCCACGUCCCACGAGACCACCCGCCCAUGCGGAGAGACCCAACCCUGACCCGCACACUCAUCCCCUUAUCCCCCCUCAUCUAUUCCUUUCACCCCAUCCCAUAUCAUCCACAAAAUCCCCAAAGUCAUCCACCCACUCUUCCAACGUACCCCCUUAUACCAUCACUCACCCUCUAUUUUCGCACUUACCCCCCUAUUCCUCUCACCCCCUAUUCCACAAAUCCCCCAAAUUAUCCCCCUCACCCCGACUCAAAAAUCAUCUCACUAAUAUCUUAUUUUUUAAUAUAUAACCCUAACCCAAAAAACUCUUUCCCCAACCCCAACUCCGACCAUAAAUCGAAAUCUAAUCCUUUCCUCAACGCCUAAACUUAGCCAAAAACCUUACCCCAGCCCUUAACUCUGACCCUAUCCCUAUUUCCAAAUUACACACUGCUCUUAACCCCGAAACCCAAAGUUGAAUGGUGCAACUUUCUUGCGAUGUUGUUGAUUGCAACAUUGUCUCUGCGUUGUGCUAUCUAAAUUUGACCGUGAUUCUUAAUUUGGCCGAAUUACAUUUCUGAGAACUACCAAAUAUCCGUUCGUCAGUCACGCGACGAACAUUACCCUCAGCACGGCAGGGCGAGUGAAGAUGCGCCGCUGUCUGCCGUGUGUGGACUCGCGGUCACCUAGAGAAGGGGUCUCAGCGGUAGUUCUGCGAAAUCCGCUUCCGCAGGCCGUUCUGUGCGAGAUGCAUGUCUCGUGACCACGUGAUGCUGAUAACUAGACAGUUGGCAUCACCUGGAGAGGAAAACGUCAGUAUUUAAUGCCGAAACAAAUUGUCCGUGAUUUGAAAGCGGGAUUCAACAAAGUUGCUUUGUGUUGUUGAGUAACUGGCAACUGUACCGUGUUGUAACUCGUGUAGAACAACGAAAAAUAGACAACCAAGUGGCACGUCACAACAACAACCACCAUAUUGCACGCAACAUCAAUGUUGCGCGUAACAACAGCAAUGUUGCGUGCAACAACAGAAAUGUUGCGUGCAACCUUUCGCCGUUCAACUUUCGGUUGAUCCCUGAUCCUAGGGUUUGGGUGCCGCUCCGGGAGGUCGUACAUUGAUGCAAAACAUUGACGCGUUUAAGUUCACCAUGGCCUUAUGGAGCAACACUCUCGUUUCAUUGGCGCUGUGAGCACAGCAGCGGUGUCCACUCGGAGAGGAGGCGCGGAGGCUACUGGUUUAGUGGCGCCAGAGAGAGGGGGGAGACGAGGGGGGAGACGUGG